UAUAUGUUAUUACUCAAUGGACUAGUACUAAUGUGCGAAUUUAAUAAUAAAUUUUCGGUAUGUUUUUAAAUGAUUUUAAAAUCUUUGAAAUUUCUUUCAAAUAAUUUUCAAGCACCAUUUGAGCGAUCAUUACAUACUGUGCAUUGUCGUGCUCGUCUUCGUCAUCGUCGUGUGGCAAGUGGCUGCUGCUUGACUGCAGUUGCAGUUUUGGCCUCCGCUGGAGCUUCAUCUGCUUGAGCUUCUACUGCUGGAGAUGCCCCAGCCUUCUGGAGUCGCCUCCACCUUCUGAGUCGCCUUUUUGGGGGCAUCAUCUUGGCGGCUUUGGCGCUGGUGUCAAACGUUUUGUAAUCUGUCACGUCGCAUCGUUUUAAUAUUUGUGCGCUCAUGGCCCAAGUACGAGGAAAUGCACUCGGUUGCGUGUAAAAAUAGGCGUAACCCUUUGGUAUUUAUGGUCUGGCCGGCUGGAUGAGCCGACUUUGCAGACUCUGCCGUCUCUGCAGUCUGCAGUCUUCCGUCUUCAGUCUUCAGUCUGCAUCUGCACUGGAGCACAGUGGAGUAUCCGGGACGGCGCUCCCCGAUCGUUUUGUUUGGUUUUCAGCAGCAGAAUCAGAUGCCUUUGGGGUCUUGCGGCGGUAGCAACAGGUUCAAGUGCUUCGCAUCGCACUUGGUCUGCGGUUUUGGGCCCAGCUCCUUGGUUUCUGCCACUCUUUGAUUAUCUAAAUCAUUAUUAGUUUGACCUUCAGCCCCGGGCUGGAUCUGCGCUCGUGCAACUGCUUCUCUUAUCUUAUUAAUUAUUUGCUCUUUAUUGCCGGUGGAAUGGGUCGCUGGACUACUGUGCGUAUGAGUCAUCUUAGAAAUGCCGAUGGGUAAAAUGGAACAAGCGAGAAAUGUGCAAACUGAGAAAGUUUCUGCAAGGAGGAAGAAAUAGUUCAUUGAAUACUUCAGUUUAAAACAUUCGCCUAUUGAUGUAAGAUUUGUAUGGAUUUAGUAGAUAUUCAAAUGAAAUGCAGACUGAAUUUAUACUGAUAUGCCCGAAUAAACUGUGCCUAAAUUCAGAUGGUAUUUCUUUGGCAGUAUGAUUUCUGUUAUUAUAAUUUUUAUAGGACUCAGAGAAUUUUUUUUUGUGUAUUUAUGCUCAGACAAUUUAAGGUAAGAAACAAGAAUGAGGAACAAAACGUCAGAACGCGAAAAUCAACUGGCUGACAGCUUGUUAUCCCCAAAGAGCCUUCACCUUGUUCCGUUAUAAUUAGCCAUCGCUAAUUACCACUUUCGCGAAGACCACCCGUACAUUGACCCACUGAACACGGGCUCACUCCAAUGCGAUUCCCACCAACUGUCCGUGGGCCAUUCAGCACGCAUCUCAGCGCGUCAAUUUGCCAACCCUACUCAAAGGCCAUAACCACGUCGGUUUGAGGGGAUCCCGAAGAUACAGUAGUUAGCCAUUCCAAUGGCUGACAACCGUUAAUCAGGCGCCACAAAUCAGAAGGGGAUUUGGGGAAUGGCCCCCCUUCUGCCUUCUGAUGGGAUCUGAUUGGAUGGGCGCCAGAAUGGAUCUGCUAUAUUUAGAUAGAGAGAAAAUGGCGCUGCAGACUGCGUGAUUUUCCAUUCACUCGCUGGAUCCGUGAUGGCAGCCGCUUCCCAUGACUGCUCCUUUGUCUCUGCGCGAAAAUAUUGACACGAUCCGCACAGAUAUUGCACGCGCAUUAGAAUGGAUAAGCUAAAUAAACUCGUAAAUACCAGUAAAUCAUUGUGUACCAGCAAAGUGGCCCAAUUGCCGCCGAGGAUGCGUGGGUGGGAUCGAUCGUGUUGGAGUGUUAAUUGCCCCAGACUCAAUCGGCCGGAAUGGAAUGGAAUAUUUAUGAGAUUGGGCAAUCGAUUAGACAAAGUCCAUCCAAUGUAUAUUCAUAUCAAUCGUCGGUGCUAAUUGAAUUCGAGACUGCGAAAAGAACUGAACAAAGGCGGAAGUGAUCGUGACUGCCGAUAAAUGGAAGCUCAACAGAUGUAAGCAUAUCAACAGAGGUGUAACUUUAUUCCGAAAAUACAUAACACAACCACUGAAUGAGAUGAGACUCACUUUGGUCGCGGUAAAAAUGAAAGUCUAGUAUGUGUUGUAGCAAAAAAUCUUAACAUAAUUUAUCACCAAAUUGUAUCUCAUCUAUCGAUCUUUAUUCUACAUCAUUCCGUGCAGCAUCCUUAUCUAUCCUAAUCUAAGCUUUCAAGUAUCUCUACUCUCUAUAUAUCUUUCAGAUGAUCCUUCAGCAUUCUACCAAUCUCCUCAAACUUCUACUAUUUCUUGCUAUAUCUUCUGUAAGGACUCAAGUUCUUAACGAUAUAAUAAUUGAACUAAACCAACGCCUACUUAUCUCCAAUAACUUGUUGUAUUGCAAUCAAUCUGAUAAACUAAGUGAAUACGAGGUCAAGUACCUAAAACACAUGGCACCAAUAAGCUUGAUGAUCUUCACCUCAGUUGAAAUGUUAAAUUUCACACAAGUUGAAUAUAAUUUAGGUGCUGAUAACAAAAUCUUUUUGAUUAUGGGCCAAGACGAACCACCCUAUGAUUUCUUUCAUGCCCUGAAUUUACAUUUUCAGUUUGCUGAAUAUGUCAUUGUGAUCGAUGAACCCGUUGAUCUGAAAAUCAGCACCAAAUGGCUAGAUUUUGUGAAGCACCUUUGGCAGCAAGGAUACGUUCAGUUGCUAUUCUACACCUCGUUCGAUGAGCAACUGUAUCACAAAAUCAUAUUUCCCGAAACCAUAAUAGUGGAGACUUUGAUAGAGGACUAUAUAUCCAAUCGGGGAUCGUUCAAUAAUCUCCAUGGCUAUCCGGUUAGGGUGGCUGCCUAUAAUAAUGCUCCGCGCUCUAUGCUAUAUGUGAAUCACUGGGGCGAGCAGGUAUUCGCUGGGUUCUACAUGAGAUUCAUCAGAGCUUUCAUAGGCUCUAGGAAUGGCAGCUUUGUGCCAGUGCUCACACCAAGUGAUUCUCCCGGGAAUUGUACACUGAACUUGGUCAAUGAAACCGUGGAUGUGUGUGCAGAUGCCUUGGCAGCGAAUCCUGCCGCGUUUAGUCUAACCCACGGAUUUAGGAUCGCCUCGGCGAAUGUUUUGGUGACCCAUGCGAAACCGCUCCACUCCUAUCGCUAUCUGACCGCUCCUUUUCAAUGGAGUGUAUGGGUCUGUUUGGUCGUCUAUGUGCUGCUGGUGGUCAGUUUCCUGAGCUUUAUUGGAUGGCUGCGAAGUGGAAAGUGGGACUUCAGUAAGCAUCUGCUCGAGGUAUUCAGCUCACUUUUGUUCAGUGGAUUCUACCUGAAGGAAAUCAGUGGAAAAGAGAGGUACAUACUCUUUGGAGUCUUGUUCAUAGCUGGAUUUGUCUACUCCACCGAGUAUCUGGGACUACUCAAAAGUAUGCUGAUCUCGGAGGUUUUUGAGAAGCAGAUCGAUACCUUUGAGGCACUGGUGGAGAGUAACAUAACGCUGAUGGUGGAUCCAUACGAUAAGAUCUUAUUCGCCAAGUACAAUAUGCCCCAGAUACUUGCCCCCAUAAUGGAGCUGGUCAGUUUUGAGACUCUUUUGGAGCACAGAAAUCGCUUCGAUCAGGAUUACGCGUACAUAUUGUUCUCGGAUCGAAUGGCGCUAUACGACUAUGCCCAGCAGUUCCUGAAGCAUCCGAAACUGUUGCGAAUCCCCAUCGACUUCUCGUUCCUCUACACUGGCAUUCCGAUGCGGAAGAGAUGGUUUCUGAAGCACCAUUUGGGACGGGCCUGGUACUGGGCCUUCGAGAGUGGUCUUACAAGGAAACUGGCCUUGGACGCCGACUUCGAGGCAGUUCGCGUGGGCUAUCUGAGCUUCCUCAUCACGGAGCAUGUGGAGGCCCAGCCGCUGGAUGUGGAUUAUUUCGUCAUGCCGGCAAUUGCUCUGGCCAUCGGCUACAUCCUGGCCCUUGUGAGUUUUGUCAUCGAGAUGACGGCCUGGCGCAUGAGGGAAUUCCUGGGAUGCAAGAAGGCGACGAUGACGAGUACCGGUUGUCCAGGAGGCGGUCAUGUUGAUGUUGAUUGA